AGUCGCUUAGCAACCGGGAGGCUUACCUUUCGAAGCUUGUUGCAGCUCUAUCCUCGGUCCUGCCCUCUUCCUGCCCUUCCCCACCCCUAAACUCCGUUCACCUAGGAGCUGCCAAACAUCUGGAUCAACCUGGGCACUACGAGGGGUUGAAUUUCUACCAUUAACGCCCCUUUUUACAUUUUUUUCCGACUUCCUGUUCACAUCCGUAAAACCCACUGAUUCUUUUACUACACUUUUUAUGAGAACAAGACAUUUUCUAGGAAGAUGGUGGCAGAAAAAGAGACCCUGAGCUUAAACAAAUGCCCAGACAAGAUGCCGAAGAGGACCAAGCUGCUGGCACAACAGCCGCUCGCGGUGCACCAGCCUCACUCCCUGGUUUCUGAGGGCUUCACAGUCAAAGCCAUGAUGAAAAACUCAGUCGUGAGAGGCCCUCCAGCUGCAGGAGCAUUUAAAGAAAGACCAACGAAGCCCACAGCAUUUCGAAAAUUCUAUGAGCGAGGUGACUUCCCAAUUGCCCUUGAGCAUGAUUCGAAAGGAAACAAAAUAGCCUGGAAGGUAGAAAUUGAGAAGCUGGAUUACCAUCAUUAUCUGCCUCUGUUUUUUGAUGGGCUUUGUGAAAUGACAUUUCCCUAUGAGUUUUUUGCUCGGCAAGGAAUCCACGACAUGCUGGAACACGGGGGGAACAAGAUUCUACCUGUCAUUCCACAGCUCAUUAUCCCGAUAAAAAAUGCCUUGAACCUUCGAAACCGACAGGUCAUCUGUGUCACUCUCAAAGUCCUCCAGCAUCUGGUUGUGUCAGCGGAGAUGGUGGGGGAGGCUUUGGUGCCCUAUUACCGUCAAAUUCUCCCCAUCCUGAACAUCUUUAAGAAUAUGAAUGUUAACUCCGGAGACGGCAUCGACUACAGCCAGCAGAAGAGGGAGAACAUCGGUGACUUGAUCCAGGAGACGCUGGAGGCCUUCGAGCGCUAUGGAGGAGAAGACGCCUUCAUCAACAUUAAGUACAUGGUCCCAACCUACGAGUCGUGCUUGCUAAACUAACGGUGGGAGCAGGUGGGAUGUGAGGAAGGCUUCCCUUGGCGUUGUGAUCAACUGUCUCUGCUGCUUUUAGCAUCUCAUUCCUUGUGACUUCUACGGCUUUCUUUUCUACAGCUGCUAAAAUAGUGGCUCAUGGGCCAUUGGACUGUUAGCCCUAUUGAGAACAAGGCUUUCCAAUACAUAAAUAGUGCCUGUUUCUUAGAUUACAAUAGUGUACUGUGCUUAUUUGUUCUACGAGAAGAAUUGCUUCUUUAUCCAGCUCUGACAGAAGCAGGAGUCCGAGUUAAACCUUCAGUUGUAUAGACAAUAAAACUAUAAUUUUCAUACGCAAUUCAGCAAUUGCUGUUCUGUGUCUGCCUGCCCUGAGGGUGAUGUCAGAGGCUGUAAGGGAAGAGUUUAUGCUGACUGCUUAAUAGGUGUUUUUCAUGGAAGAGAAGAGAUGCAUCAGUUCAGCAGUGACUCUCUAGCAGCUGUGUGCUUUGACAUUCAAUAAAACUGUUGAAUCUA